AUGAAUGAAGCAAUGAUGAGAGAAAAGUGCAAGCUUGAGACCUCUACUGGCAGCUCUUCUACGACCAGAAAAUUUUGUUCCUGUUGCACUUGGGGAAAUAAAAAUGCGGCUGAAGCGGCUGCCGGUCAUUGUAAGAGAAAUAUAGUUUUCAAACGGAGCUUGAAGUGA